UUGCACCCGUAUUAAUCAUGAAGUGUCUUUUUUUUCUGUCAGGAAGGAGAGGUACACCCUCCACUGUUGCGUCCAAAUCCACCCAGCUGUGGACCUGGAUUUGUUAACGACUCUCAGAAACGUCAGUAUGAAGAGUGGUUGGGUGAGACCCAGCAACUCUUGCAGAUGCAGCAGCGUCUCCUGGAGGACCAAAUCGCAGCUCACCGCAAGACCAAAAAGGCUCUGUCGGCCAAGCAGAGGACAGCAAAGAAGGCGGGUCGUGCACUCGCAGAGGAAGACGCUGCUCAGCUGCGCUACAUCAUGGAGCAGCAGGGGACUGUCCAAAAGCAGCUGGAGCAGAUCCGUAAGCAGCAGAAAGAUCACACAGUGCUCAUCGAGGACUACAGAACACAACAACAACAACAACAACAGCAGCAGCAGCAAAGACACCUUCCUAUUGUACCUUCUGGGGUAGUACCUCUGCAGAAUAGGCCCAGUGGCUCAGCUCUGCCCUGUGUCCAGAACGUUCCCCCUGGUUGGUCACCAGCAGUGGGAGUUGUUCCAGGGUUGAUAGGGCCGAAUAUGGCAUCUCAGGUGCCACCACAGUUGCCUCAAACCCUUUCAAAGCCCUCUCAGGCUUCACAGCCCUCUCCAGUCAUUGUGCCCAGACUUUCAGCUCCAUCAGCAGGCUUUUCCCCAGUGCCCCGGACACCCACUGGGGGUCCCAGUGGUGCCUCAGGGGGUGACAUAGCAGCACCCUCCCCCCAGGUCAAAUUUGAUGACAACAACCCAUUCAGUGAAGGUUUCCAGGAGAGGGAAAGAAGAGAAAGAAUAAGAGAGCAGCAGGAGCGGCAGAGGGUGCACCUCAUGCAGGGGGUGGAUUCCCAUCGGGUCUUGCAGCAAGGUUCACAUGGUGGAUCUGUGGGACCUGGAUUGGCUCGGCUCUGUUCCACAGGGUCAGCAGCUGGCAGCACUCCUGGCUCCACCUCUAGUGGGGACACUUUCUCCAAGAUGCCUUUCUUCAGUUCUGAGCUGCCCCAGGACUUCCUGCAGUCUCCGCCUGCCUCCAGACCACCACAACUCCUCGGGUCGUCGCCCAACCUCCAGACCACCCCGAGACUCCCAGGCCCUUUGGGCUCCGCAGGUCUUGGUCAGGUCCGUCCACCUGGCCUUGGAGGGGUCCUUAUAGCUCCUUCAAAUCAAGGAAGUCAAGGUCAUCAAUUUCGACAGGAGUCCUCAACCUCAUCCCCAUCUGCCCCUCUACAUGCCGUUUUCACCCCCUCCUCAUCCGGAGGCCCCGCCUCCCUCAUGCAGCUGUACUCUGACAUCAUGACAGACGACAGCCAGAAGAAGAAGAGGAGUGGGAACAAGGACAGAGACAAUUCUGCUGGGGGAGCCAGGACACCGCUGUCCUCACACUCUGAUGACAUCACAGCCCCGUCUACUCCAGCCUUUUCAGAUGCUUCGUGCUCUACGCCCACACGGUGCAGCACCGAGCUGGCUGAGAUGAACACCCCUCCCCUCUCUGGUCUGGCUCCAUCCUCAGAACUGGAGAAUCAGCUGUCUGUGUGCCCUGCAGCCCAGGAGAGAACCCAUCUAAUGGACAUGGAGGCUCAUAGAGGCCUCCUGUGUGGCCGCAUGGGGGUCAAGGAGGAGCGAGAGGAGCGAGGACCUUGUGGAGGAGACCCAGUAAAGUUGGAGUGCGCCUCCCCUCUUCCUGUCGGAGGAGACGCAGGGAAGGAGCUGCUCAGACACUUGCUGAAGGAAAAGGCUUCUCCGGCAAAGACGCCAUCGCCUACCACACAUGCCCCGCCUCCUGUCCACCACCAACUCUCCACUGACAGUGUGCGCUCUGAGGAGGAGGACGGUGCUGGUUUCCUUGGCAACAUGAUGGUGGACAAUCCUGAUGUCUUGGACUUGUUAGGCAAGAAAAAGGCUCAGCGAUGUAAGAGAGCUGCUCGGCCCGACAAAGACAAAGCUCUGGCCAAAUAUAAGCGGAGGAAACGAGAAGACGAGGACGAAAUGCUUCACUCCUCUUCCACCCCCUCUGAGCAGAUCAUAACACACCUCAGACAGCUCUCUGUGCUACCCCUCAUGGAGCCCGUUCUGGGGUUCGACCUGAGUCUGUUCCCCCCUUAUGGCAGCACCUCUCUAGGGAGCGACUCCAGACUCACUGGCUCCUUUGGCAACGCCUCCCUGGACGGAGUCAUUGACUACUACUCACAGCUCACAUGCAAGAACAACCUUGGUAACCCACCCACACCGCCUGCCUCGCUGCCACCGACCCCCCCACCGGUGGUAAAGCAGAAGCUAGUGAACGGCUUUGCUACAGCAGAGGAACUGAGCAGGAAGGAGCUCACCGAGCAAGAUGUGAAAGGUGUCAAAUCCAAGGUUCAAGAGCUUCCGGCUGAAAAUCACACGACCAAGACGGUGGACGUGCCCGCCUCCCUGCCGACUCCACCCCACAACAACCAAGAAGAGCUCCGAGCCCAAGAAUCGUCGUUACGCAGCAGCCCGGAAGACUUCAUCCCCUCCUCGUCUCCUGACAGUGUGGCAGACAUGGAGAUCAGCAGAUAUCCCGACCUGUCCUUUAUCAAACUGGAGCUACCGUCCCCUUCCCCAUCUCCACCGAUACCCAUCAUGCCCUGCUCUUGGGGCAAAGGCACUGCGGUAAAGCAGGAAGUAAAGACGGAGCCAAGCCAACAGGCUCCUCCGUCCUGUUCCAACACAGAUCUGGUUACCAUAGCGAUCACCCUAAACCCAUCUGCUGCUCAGAAUGUUCCUGGUGUCAUGGCCACAGUGGCGAAGCUGCUGCGGGUCCCCACUUCAAUCAACUACCAGCUGAGCCGUGCUGAGUGCAACCCACUGGCUCUGCUGGCAGGAGUCAGAGUGCCACUUCCUCAGGCUUCAGCAAGCAUCAGGCAGCAGAGACCUGUGCCCCCAGCUGGUGUGAGGAUGGACGUCAUCCAGCAUGGUGCUACACCUGCUGUCUCCAGACCGCCGUCCUGCAGCCACUGCAAAGUACUGCUGGGAAGUGGAGUUCGCAAAAUCAAAGUGGUCAAACAGGAGGGUUCGUCCACUCUGCUUUUCUGUAGCCCAAACUGCUCUGCUCUCUUCUCUACUGGACUGAAAACCGCAAGUUCUCCAGAAAAGCCUAAGGACAAGACACCCCCUGAUACCCCCAGCAGACUGCAUCACCACUACGCCAACAACAUGUCGUCCAUUGCCGUCCACACCCUCCCUCGGACUCCCAUCACUCCAUCCCAGACCGCCACUUCGUCCCCACCCCUCCAGUUCCCCUCCGCCUCCACUGUCACUAUGGAGAUCAGGCCCCGUGUGGACAGCCUGAAGGUGAAGGUGAAACUGAAGCCCCACCCCCACGCCUUCUCUGAGGGGGACGACUUGCUGCUGAGUCACCACGGGAAGAGGAUGAAAAAUUCUCGCUGGCGACGUUGGAACAUCAACGUCACUUUGACCAGGGGUCCCAUUUCGGAGGAAGCGGUUGCCAUGCCAACAGAGGAGGAAAUCGAUGUGAUGUUAAAGAAACUGGGGGCGUCCCUGCGACCCGACCCCAUACCUGUGGACCAGCGAAGGUGUUGCUUUUGUCACCAGCUGGGCGAUGGUAUAACAGACGGGCCAGCCAGACUGCUGAACCUGGACUUGGAUCUGUGGGUCCAUUUGAACUGUGCCCUGUGGUCCAGUGAGGUGUACGAGACUCAGGCCGGCGCACUUAUCAACGUGGAGUUGGCCCUAAGACGCAGUCUGACGCUCCGCUGCGCGCACUGCCAGCAGACAGGCGCCACCAGCGGCUGCAACCGUUUGCGCUGCACCAACACAUACCACUUCACGUGCGCGCUGCGGGCCCAUUGCACCUUCUUCAAGGACAAGACCAUGCUGUGUCACUUCCACAAGCCCAGGAUGGCUCCUCUGAGCGGGGACAGAUCCUCCAGCAGCUCCCCAUCCUCCACCACGGGCAUGACCUCCGACUUUUUUUCGUCUGUGUGCGAUCCGUACAACUCGGAGCUACGGUGUUUCGCUGUGUUCCGUCGCGUGUUCGUGCAGAGGGACGAGGCAAGGCAGGUAGCGGCGAUGGUACAGCGUGGCGAGCAGCGGCACACGUUUCGCGUGGGCAGCCUACUCUUUUGCGCAGUCGGGAGGCUCCUCCCACAGCAAAUGAGCGCUUUCCACAGCGAGGUCGCCAUCUUUCCAGUCGGCUACCACGCCAACCGCAUCUACUGGAGCAUGCGCAACAGGAACCGACGUUGCAAGUACAUGUGCUUUAUCGAGGACCACGACGGACGACCCCUUUUCAAGGUUAAGGUGGUGGAGAAAGGCUACGAUGACAUCAUUCUGACCGCGACAACUCCUAAAGGUGUUUGGGACCAGAUCCUGGAACCAGUGUCGCAGCUCAGGUCCUCCAGUGGCACUCUGAAGCUCUUCCCGUCUUACCUGAAAGGAGAAGAUCUUUUUGGGCUGAACACGUCGGCCAUCAGCAGGAUCGUUGAGUCUUUACCAGGAGUGGAGGCGUGCGAGAGGUACACCUUUCGUUACGGACGGAACCCGCUCAUGGAGUGGCCUCUAGCUUUCAACCCUUCUGGUUCAGCCCGGUCCGAGCCCAAAGUCAGCCAAGCAAAAAGGCCGUACCUGUUGACCAGCAUGGCUCCCAGGUGUCAAGGCUCAGUGGGCUCCAUCGUGGGAAUGGUGCCGGGUGUCAUCUCUCUGUCGCCGGGUGAGACGGUGGCCGGGGCUCAUCAGGGUCGCCACUCCAAGUCGUCACAGUACCGACGCAUGAAAGCAGAGUGGAAGACCAACGUCUACCUGGCGCGUUCUCGCAUCCAGGGUCUUGGUUUGUACGCCGCGAGAGAUAUCGAGAAAUGCACCAUGGUCAUCGAGUACAUCGGCGCUAUCAUCAGGAGUGAAGUGGCCAACCGCAAGGAGCGAGUCUACGAGAGUCAGAAUCGAGGCGUGUACAUGUUCCGCAUUGACAAUGACUACGUGAUCGACGCCACCAUCACUGGAGGACCCGCCAGGUACAUCAACCACUCGUGUGCUCCCAACUGCAUCACGGAGGUGGUCAGCGUUGAGAAGGAGAACAAGAUCAUCAUCAGCUCGUGCCGACGCAUCCAGAGGGGAGAGGAGCUGAGCUACGACUACAAGUUUGACCUGGAGGACGACCAACACAAGAUUCCAUGCCACUGCGGGGCCUUCAACUGUCGCAAGUGGAUGAACUGAGCGCACACGCUCAUUAACGCAUUCACCUCAUAUCAAAGAUGCUCAUUAAAGGAGAGGGGUCAGGAGUGGGGUUACAAAAGAGGCUGGUCCUCUCUGUGUAGUGUGUAUAUUUGUACAAAGACGCCCCCACGUGGUCAUGACUUGCACUAAACAAAACAUCCAAUCAAGGCAGAUCAUUUCCCCUUACAUCUGUAAAAUAAAAUGUUUUUGUUGUAUUUAUUACUAAAUGAAGUUAUUUUCUAAUCACAGCCAGUCGUGGAGGAGAGUCGCGGCGUGUAAAUAACUAAAAAUGAGGAAUCUUCACAGUACUGACCGUGACGUUUUGUUUGCCCUGCCCCUCCACGUGUGUCUUUUUAUUUGUGUAUAUUCAAAUUGUAUCAGAACUCUGCUGAUGUACAGUCUGUGGCCACGCCCCCCUUCGGGUUUUGGUUUUUUUUACUGUGUGAGGAUGCCUUUUUGUUUUUGAAAGGGGGGUAUGUGGAGCCUGAUUUAGAAUCAUUUACAGAAAAUAAAAAUAUUUUACAUCUUGAAA